AUGAGAAACAAUACAAUAACAACUUUCAUCCUUCUGGGACUGACAGAUGACCCUCAGCUCCAGGUUCUAAUCUUUAUAUUUCUUUUUCUCACCUACAUGUUGAGUGUGACUGGGAACCUGACCAUCAUCACACUCACCUUGUUACAUUCCCAUCUUAAAACAACUAUGUACUUUUUCUUACAAAAUUUCUCCAUCUUAGAGAUCUCCUUCACAUCUGCAUGUGUUCCUAGAUACUUAUAUAACAUAGCUACAGGUGACAAGGUCAUUACCUACAAUGAAUGUGUCAUCCAAUUGUUUUUUACUGACCUUUUAGUUACAGAAUUUUUUCUCCUUGCUGCCAUGUCCUAUGACCGCUAUGCGGCCAUCUGCAGACCCCUGCAUUACGUGACUGUCAUAAGGAAAAGAGUCUGCAGGAGUCUCAUCAUCUGUUGUUGGUCAGCUGGUUUGUGUGUCAUAAUCCCACCAGUUAGUCUGUUUCUAAAACUGGAAUUCUGUGACUCCAACAUCAUUGAUCAUUUUGCCUGUGAUGCCUUUGCCGUAGUGAAAAUCACAUGCUCUGACACAUGGUCCAUAGAACAGACAAUUAUUAUCUGUACUGUACUGACCCUGAAUAUGACUCUAAGUUGUGUAGUUCUGUCCUAUGCCUACAUCAUCAGGACAAUUUUUAGUUUCCCAUCUGUCCAGCAAAGGAAGAAGGCCAUUUUGACCUGUUCUUCCCACAUGAUUGUGGUUUCCAUCACCUAUGGCACGUGCAUUUUCAUCUAUAUGAAUCCUACCGCAAAGGAAGAAGUGACCAUUAACAAAAUGGUUUCACUGCUCAUUUCUUCUGUUUCGCCUACAUUGAACCCUUUCAUUUAUACCUUGAGAAAUAAUCAAGUUAAGAAAGCCUUCAUGGACUCAAUCAAAAGAAUAACAUUUUUCUUAGCUAAAUAA